CGACUGUCGCGCUUGGUUUUGUUGUUGUGCCCACUUCCGCCUCGUCCACCGGGGAGCUAACGCCACACCAAAUGUGCUGUUAAAUACUUUCAUGUUAUAGGCACUCACGUUUAGUUCAUGUCCAGGUGUUUCUUAAACAGGAAACAGAAGCGCUGACUGGCAGCAAUGUCGCUGUACGAUGACCUCGGUGUGGGUGCCAGUGACACCAAGACCGAAGGCUGGUCCAAGAACUUCAAGCUGCUGCAGUCCCAGCUGAAGGUGAAGAAGGCGGCUCUGACCCAGGCCAAGACCCAGCGGAUGAAACAGACCACUGUCCUGGCUCCGGUCAUCGAUCUAAAGAGAGGAGGCUCCAGUGAUGAUAGACAGAUCUCGGACACUCCUCCACAUGCUGCUGCUGGACUCAAGGAUGCUGUGCCCAGUGGUUUCUCCUCUGGCGAUGUGCUGAUCCCGUUGGCUGACGAGUACGAUCCCAUGUUCCCCAACGACUACGAGAAGGUGGUGAAGCGACACAGAGAAGAACGACAGCGGCAGAGGGAGCAGGAGCGACAGAAGGAGAUCGAGGAGAGAGAAAAGAAGAGGAAAGACAGACACGACGGUGGAGCUCCAAGUGGUUUCUCUCGUUUCCCAGCAGGAGAGGAAGAGUCAGAUGAGGAAGACGACUACGAGAAGGAGCGCAGGAAACGAAGUAUGGGUGGAGCAGCUAUUGCGCCGCCGUCUUCACUAGUAGACAGGGAUGGCUCAUCUUUCUCCUACGAGGACGAAGGUCGUCCUGCCAGAGGCUCAAAGGCUGCCAUCCCUCCACCCAUGUUUGAUGACUCAGAACGGCCACGUUCACCACCUGGACCAACCAGCUCCUUCCUGGCCAACAUGGGAGGUACGGUGGCCCAUAAGAUCAUGCAGAAGUACGGCUUCAAAGAAGGCCAGGGCCUGGGAAAGCACGAGCAGGGCCUCAGCACGGCGCUGUCUGUGGAGAAGACGAGCAAGCGAGGCGGAAAGAUCAUUAUAGGCGAUGCUGCAGAGAAACCAGGGUCGAGCCAGUCAGGUGCUGCUGAUACUUCAGGCGGAGGCUCUGCAGCGGACGCUUCCAAGAAGUCGGAGGCCAACCCGCUCACGGAGAUCCUGAAAAACCCGACCAAAGUGGUCCUGCUCAGGAACAUGGUGGGCAGAGGAGAGGUGGACGAAGACCUGGAGGGAGAGACAAAGGAAGAAUGCGAGAAAUACGGCAAAGUGGUUAAAUGUGUCAUUUUUGAGAUUGCAGAGGUUCUUGAUGAUGAAGCUGUCAGGAUAUUUCUGGAGUUUGAGAGGGUGGAGUCAGCCAUCAAAGCCGUGGUGGAUCUGAACGGACGGUAUUUCGGCGGGCGAGUCGUCAAGGCCUGUUUCUACAAUCUAGACAAGUUUCGAGUUUUGGACCUCGGCGAGCAGGUCUGACGUCUCCCCCAAGCGCCGCCACACAUCCUCCCCCAACUUGUACAUAAUAAUUUUUUAUAUUUCGCCCAUCAGCAGUGUCUGCAUGUAGUGAUGAGUCCAUCUUGUAGAUUAUUUGUUAUUUUUUUUCCUCUGAUGAAAAAAUACCUUUAUGUCUUGUCAAAAUAAAGGGUUUAAACUAUA